AUGACCUAUCCGUCCUUCUCAAAGUACCUUGAAGCUCUGAAAUUGGUGCUUUUCAAUCAGUUUGUGACAGGAGUAAUUGUUACAACUGUUUUCCACUAUCCCAUGAAAUUUACAGGUGUAUCCUUCGAUAAGAAGCUUCCGGGGGUGACUACGGUGCUUGCACAAAUAGUGGUGUGCGUUUUCGUAGAAGAGAUUGGAUUCUAUUAUUCUCACAGAUGUACCGGCGAAUUCGUUACCUUAACAUCCUGGGAGGAGAGACAUGUGUUGCCGUCCUUCUCGAAGUAUCUUGAAGCUUUGAGAUUAGUGCUUUUCAAUCAGUUUGUGACAGGAGUAAUUGUUACAACUGUUUUCCACUAUCCCAUGAAAUUUACAGGUGUAUCCUUCGAUAAGAAGCUUCCGGUGGUGACUACGGUGCUUGCACAAAUAGUGGUGUGCAUUUUCGUAGAAGAGAUUGGAUUCUAUUAUUCUCACAGGCUUUUCCACCAUCCUAAAAUAUACAAGCAUGUUCACAAAAUCCAUCAUGAAUGGACAACGCCUGUUUCAAUAACAAGCAUCUACUGCCAUCCCAUCGAGCAUGCGUUCUCCAAUCUAAUACCUGGCAGGGGACGCACCGCCGCCCAGUGGUGCUUCUCGGUUCAACGAAAUGCUUCGGUGUGCUGGGUAUUCUUGACUACAUCCACGGUACUGCAAGCACAUUCAGGAGUUCGCGGUCCAUUUUCAAAAAGGCACAUCACUUACUUCUCUUUGACGCCGAUCAAAGAAAUUUUCCCUGACAAAUGA